CUCCACUUCCAGGACAUCGCCGCCGUGACGCUUUUGCAACUUCCGGAUUCAAAGGGGGGAUUCAUCGUCUGUAUCAUCACACUCGGCGAUAGUUGUUCUAUUUUCCCGCGCAGUUAUUCAGCCACGAUGCCGCGGUAGAAAAUGUCCAAAAGAAUACCCCUUUGGCCCGUUCGCGGCCUCCGAACGACAGCAAAUUUACCUUGCCCGGCAAUCUACGAGCACCUUCGCCUAGCAACUCCGUCACCAUCCCCUAUACAAUCAUCUCCAGCUCUCCGAACAUUCUAUAAAGUUGCUCUGCCCUCAUAUCGACCAUACUCUUCUUCCUCUUUGCGACACGUGACCAACAGCCAACGUCCUGCCGUCGGAGUGACAACGGUACCAAAAUUUGCAUUGAAUCAGCGCGCAUCUUUCCGCCUUAGCCCUAUACAAUGGGCUUGUCAUAAACGAUUAUAUAGCACCAAGGAUGAUAAACCGAUACCAAAAGAGGUUAGGCCGAAGACAGAUCAAGCGUCAUCUGGACAGCCGCCAAAGACAACGACAAACGCAACACAACAACCGCCUGAAGGCGAACACGAGUCGCUCGCAACGUCAGUGUCGAAAUAUUUACAUUUGCCACACUUGCCUCAUAGGCCUACCAAAGAAGAACUGCUAGCUGCGGCGACAGGCUUUUGGCAAAGGCUGAAAGUCCGAUUCAAAUGGGCGUCUAUCCGCAGUAUGCGGCCGUGGAAUGCCGAUGAAUGGGGCGCCUUUGUCUCAUGGUUCAUGCUGGGACAUAUUGUUUGGAUUCUAGUUGGAACGACGACCUUUUUCUCAUUACUAAUUUUCUCUAUAAACACCGUCUUCGCACAAGAAACUCUUGCCAGAUGGAUUGGUGAUUACUUGACACAGUCUGCGGGCAUUACUGUGGUGUUUGAAUCUGCCAUUGUUCCUAAGUGGGGUGAUGGCGUGAUUGCUUUUAGAAACGUCUUCGUCUCGCGCCGCCCUGGCCAGGUUAAGUCGUCUGUGAGCAAAGGUUCAUCAGAUGCUGCCGCUGUUGCAGCUGCCGGAAGGCAUGCUCAGAUGGGCAACGUCAGUGAUCACGAUGAUGGAAACUAUACCCAGUUUGACGUGACGAUUGCAAAUGUCUAUGUCACUUUGUCUUUUAUUAAUUGGUGGAAUAGUAAGGGCUUAUUAAAGGACGUCGAAGUCAACGGUGUACGAGGCGUUAUAGACCGAACGUCUGUCAAGUGGCCGUUGAUACCUAUCGAUCCAUACUCCUAUCGCCACGAGCACCAGCCGGGUGAUUUUGAGAUUGAGUCGUUCAAGCUGGAAGACCUUUUACUUACGGUACACCAACCUAACGGCUUCCGGCCGUUCUCUGUCAGCAUAUACUCGUGCGAGCUGCCGCAGUUGCGAAAACAAUGGCUAUUUUACGACUUCUUAUCAGCCAAUCAUGUCUCAGGCUCCUUCGAUGGCUCGCUAUUCACCAUCCACCCGCGUCAAGUGCACGGCAUUAGUCCACAGCAUGGGCAGGCAGCUGGAAUCAUUGAGUCUGAUGCAUGGAAGAAGCUCAGCCGACUGCGAAUUGACGAUCUCAAAAUUGAUCACUUGAACCGCGGUGUUGAAGGUCCAUUUGGCUGGAUCUACGAGGGCAAUGUUGAUAUUGUAGCUGAUGUCAUGUUCCCCAAAGAUAACGACGAAGGUCUCUCAAAAGUUAUUGCCGAUUUCUACGAACAACUCGAGGAGAUGGUCACUUCCAACCGCUAUCGCCUCCUUAAUACCUCUCCCGACGAAACCCCCCUCCUCCAAAACCCCGAACUGCCCCAGCAAGGUCAUAUUUACGAAGCUGCUCACCCUUUCAACGACCUGUCUCCGUCCCAUGAUGUGCCUUCUGAAGAACCUGACGACCGUCGCAUUCUCAUAAUGGAUCUGCGUAUCAAUUUGAACGACGUGAAGGCUGCUGUACCCCUCUUCACGAAAGACAUGUCCUACGUGAACCAGGCCCUUGUCCGCCCUAUUGUCGCAUAUAUCAACGCCAAAAAGACAUAUAUUCCGAUAUCAUGCCGUAUUGUUAAGCGUAUGUCAGACUUUGACGGUUCAUGGACACUUUAUGAUUGCGGCUUAAUGAGCGAUACUUCAGCUGAGACGUAUGAAGCAUUUGCGCAGGACGUCGAAGACCAGCAAAGCCGCGUACGACGGUUUAAGAAAGUUGGCUUCUGGACGCUGAGCCUGGCCGUCCACGCCUUAUUCAUGGGUAUGGCAGGAAAUGUUGUCUAGCUAGACACACUGUACUAUAUGUAGGAUUUGAUACGAUACCCUUGCCUCUAUGGGCUUUUUAAUACUAUUACGACCUUUUUCACCCACCACUUUGUUCCCUUGGCAACAUCUAAUUGUACUGGCUUGCAGCUUAGCUCUGUCACCCUUAGCACAGACGAAUAAUCAAUGAAGAAUGUAUUUCGA